GUUGAUAUUAAAUUGUCAAGCUGUGGACGACCGGCAGCGUGACAAACUUUAAUUUAGUUCUAAAUUGUUUUUAUUUAAUUCUUCUUAAAUAGUUAAUAAAACUAGAAAAUAGUUAAGAACUUAUUUAAUGUUAAUACAUUAAUAUAUUUUAUGAAUGGUUAAGAUCGUAAUGCGAUUUAUUAUUCGAAAUAGGUUAUCUUUUUAUUAAAAGUUUAUUGUAUCAAGUAUAAUGCGAGGUGGGCAUAGAGGUGGUCGCGGUCAAAACCGUGGGAAUAGAGGAUUCAGAGGUUCGAGAGGUAAUUAUUCGCGUGGUGACAGACAAAAUAAUUUGGGAUAUAAUAAUUACAAUAAGCCAUGGCAUUCGCAAACCAAACGUGAUAUUCCAACUAAACGACUCUCUGAAGAGGAUAUUGGAGUCACAGAGUACCUCAGUGAGCAUCAAGGAUUUAACGGAAUCAUAAAGUCGAGAUUUUCAGAUUUCCAAGUGUCAGAAAUAAAUGAGGCGGGUGAAGUUGCUCAGCUGACAGAUGAGUCUCCACCCGAAGCACCAUUAGAGGAGCUGGUUGAAGAUGACGAAGAACUGCUUCUCAAUAAAUACAAUUUGGAAAUUCUACCUAUGGAAACUUGGGACAAAAUAAACAAGUUGGCUGUCUCUACUGAACAAACUUCGGAAAAAAUUGAGGUUGAUGUAUCAGGAAUGUCCAAAGAGGACAGGACAAAAAUCCAUGAGGCUGUGAAAAAAGCGUUCGGUGAAAGCAUCAUUGGUAGCACAGUCACAGUAGAAGACAAGAAGUUUGUUACAUUCACCAAGUAUCGCAAGGGAGUCAGAUUUGAUAAUCGUGUGAAGUGGGUGUGGGGUGGUGAGUAUGUACAUUUUGUGGUGUACAAGGAGAACUGCGAUACCAUGGAAGCUGCAUCAGUACUGGCACAAAGGUUACAUAUAAGCCCUUCAAUGCUGGGUUAUGCUGGAACUAAAGAUAGGAGAGCUAAGACCAGCCAGUGGUUCAGCAUCCGUCGGUUCGAACCUCGUCGUAUAGCGUCAGCGGCCCAGCAGAAUCGGAUGCCUAGGGUGCGGGUUGGCAACUUCUGCUUCAAGGAUUACCAUCUCAAGCUGGGCAUGCUGAAAGGAAACAGAUUUCGUAUAUGUCUGCGUAACGUGACGGCGCCUGACGACUGUGUCGACGUGGCAUGCAAGUUGUUGAACGAGAACGGAUUCAUUAAUUACUACGGUCUGCAGAGGUUCGGUUCGCGCGCUGAUGUGCCGACGCACGAGAUCGGUCUGAAACUGCUGCAGGGGAAUUUUAAAAAGGCUAUAGACAGUAUACUGACCCAGCGGCCUGAUGGACCCCUGAGUGCGGCGUUACAGCAGUACUCGUCGGGGGACGUGCGGGCGGCGGGGAGGGCGGUGCCGCCGCGUGACGUCACACCGGAAGCCAGACUCCUGAGGGCGCUCGCAGCUCGACCCAACGACCUGCUGGGGGCGCUGCAACAGGUGUCCCGUAACUGUCGUCUGCUAUACAUACAUUCGUACCAGUCAUUGAUAUGGAACCGAGCGGCCACACAUCGUCUGACACAAUCUAGGACACCUUUAGUGGGAGAUCUAGUGCCUUUAGAGCCGGUGGCUCAGGUUACUGAAGACGAACUAGAUGAAGAAUCUGAUAAUGAGGACAGCGAAAAUGUUACACGAGAUCAGAACACAGAUAACAUUGAGAAAACAGAGGAAGCGACUUGUAAUGGCACAGAAAAUAACACUGAUAGCAAUGAGAAUACAGAUAAAAAAAAGAAGGGCAACACUCCCAAAAAAGUGAUACCAGUUAAAGUGUUAACAAAGGAAGACAUUGAUAGCGGGAAAUAUAGUAUCUUUGAUAUAGUGUUGCCAUUACCUGGCUACAGUAUAGAGUACCCUCCUAACAUGAGGGAGUUCUAUGAAGAGUGUUUAACUAAGGACGAACUGACAAUGGAUAUGAAGCAUAAGUAUAAAUCGUACAACCUGAGCGGUGGUUACCGUCACGUGGUGUGUCGCGUGUCGGACAUGUCCUGGAGGUGUGUGAGGUACGACCGGCCCACCGACGACCUCGUGCUCUCAGACGCCGACCUCAUCGACGGGGUCGACAUCACUCACAAUGAGGAUGGUAAAUACAAGGCUUUGUUGCUCACAAUGACCUUGCCCACGAGCUGUUACGCGACUAUGGCGCUGCGGGAAUUGUUGCGUGUGGGCACUUCGAGUGACGUGCAAGCCUUACAGAACGACUACCACGUCGACAAAGACGCUGUCAAAAGAAAGAUGGCCGACGACGAAACAGACGCCAAGAAAACUAAAGUUGACGAAUAAAAUGUUUAUUGUUGGUUUUA